AUGGGUGCUGGACAAUCGACUGACGGCGCAAGCAACGGGUCUCCCGAACAGCUAAGCCAUGUGCUUGCCGAGCGUUUUGCAACGAAAUGCUUCACACCGCUGGAACUCACCCAUUUUAAAGACAAUUUCUAUACUCGCGCUGUGGACCAAGCUGGACUUCGCUACUGGAACGAGAAGAUAUUGUCUGACUUUCUUGGGAUACCGGAUGGAGUGGACGGUGGUGCUGGACACGACUCUCCGCUCGAUCCGGGGCCGGUCAUCUUUCGAAUGGUAUCCUACCUAGGGGCGUUUCCGUUCCAGACUACUCUCGCGCCUAGCGUGUUGACUUUUGAGGCUAUGGUGAAAGUGGCCGUGUUGCUCACAGAGAGGUAUGGAAAGGUGCUUAGGCGAGGCCGCCGGGAUAGGAUCAAAUUGCUCUUUGGGAGCCUCGCAGACGUCGGCCGAAAAGAGACCGAGCAGAAAGUGGAAAACGAAUCAUCAGAGGUGACUGAUGAUGCGGCAGCUUCUCAUUCACAUGUUGCUGGCUUCGCGGUUGAUGACCCUGUCAAUGAUGAAGAGUAUGAGGAUGACGAUGAUGAUCUGGUGCUAUCUGCGUUGGAAUCGCUAGAUGCAAUCGAGGUCUUCAAGCAUGAUCAGCGCAUCGACAAGGCCGUCUACGAAGCACGAAUUUCGGUGAACACCUUUCGACGGCUUCUGAUGUUGCUUCUCGUCAUUGCGCCACUGAAACCGCUGGAACCAGUGUCGAGAUAUACUUCGCAUCUAGAGAGUGAACAUCUAGAAGCCGUCCGUAAAGAAGCUGACAGCAUAUUGGCAGCUUUCAGUCCAGAAGAGACUGCAGGCGGAAUUAGUUAUAAAUCAUUCGCCCGGACGAUCUCGGAAACGCUACCAUAUCUAUUUGAUCCCCUGACACCCUUAUUCGAGCAUCUGUUGUUCAGCGAGAACUUGGAUCUUUCUCGGCGGCGGGCCAAUACGAACUCGUCUGACCCAGCUCCUGAGGAAAAAGCAUCUGAUAUGGCACCGUCACCUCCGUCACCCGUCUUACUACAGGGCAGCUUUACUUCCGAAAUCCUCAAUCCGACUGUUUUGUCUCAUCUAUCGUUCUUCUUGUCAGUCAGUUCAUCGAUUCCGAAUCUCUUUUACAGCCGCACCCGGCUGCAUCCGGUAUUCUCAAUUGCAGCCCAUGGGCAGUCUUUGACUUCCUUUUCUCACCAUGUCCUAUCAUGGCAGUCGCCUACACUUCUAUUACUGCGCGGUGCUUUGGCAGAUGACGAUGACGAGAAAUUGAUAACAAUAGGUGUUUAUGUGCCUCAGGCUUGGAAACCUUCCAGCUCUGCUCAGAGUUCAAUCAACCCUUCUGACCCUUCCACGCUUCCCUGUCUCUUCCAGCUAUCUCCUACCCAUGCUGUCUUCAAAGGAAACCCUUCAUCUUCAGCUCAUAAACCGACACAACCCAUAACAUACUUCUCCACAAACACAGGUAUCGCAAUUGGCUGCCAUGUUCCACCUUCAUCUCGCAACAAAGUGUCCAAGCCAACGCCAGAGGGGGCAGGGAGCCUACUGAUCGAUGGAAGUCUCGAAACUGCUGAUCUACAUAUUUCUCUUGAUAAUCGGUCAGGAGCUUUUCUGCCCCCGGUUCCAGAAAACGCUUUCCCAGCGUCAAAGACCAGUAUCAACAUCUACGACCUGGAAAUUUGGGGUCUGGUCCCCGCCCCUGAACCAUCUGCAGACCAGUCCAAACUGGAUGCCAUUGCUAUCCAGCGCUCCAGAUGGGACUUUGAGGCGCGGGAAGCGGAACGAAGGCGCAAUGUGAACACGAAGAUUGGAGGAGCUGCUGAUACGCAAACUGCUAGAGCUCUGCUUGAAAUGGCAGGCAUCAUAGGCGAUUCCGGGAAAGGCGGCGGGAGCGUCUGA